GUAACCAAAGAUAAAACAUUAUUUAAAUACAUUUUGUUUAUUCCAUUCUUUACAGCAGGAACCAAUGAAGGCCAUAGCCAAUCAGCGCUGUCUUCUCCAGCUUCCUCAUCAAGCUCCUCAGUCAGUCUCUCCUCGCCGUCGACCUGCUCAAUUGCUGCAGCAGACUGGGUUGACAACUUCAAGAUCCCAUGGACAAAGUUUCCUGAAGGCUUGAUGCAGUGUUUAGAGAGAGGGAAAAGGCCAAGUCCACAGCUAUGUAGAGAAAUGAUCCGGAUUGUCGUCAGUGACAUGAUGAAUGUUUGUGCCUCUCCAAGUACCAAAGCCUCCACAGAAGUUGCCAAAAAACUUGUUGCAAAAUAUCCACAGUCAUUGCAAGAUGUCAUCGCUGGUGAUGUAGUUGGACUAGGAUAUCACUCACUCAUCAAGCAGUUACAAGCCCGAGUCGAAAAUGUGAAACGGUCUUCAGCACCAAGGAUAAAAAAACGCAAACAGGGGUCAGAUGACCACGACACUGAUGAAAUCACAGCUGAACAACGGGCAGCUAUGCAAGACACCUAUGGCUGUAUAAAUUGGGAUAUGAAAUAUAUGCCAGUGAGUGAGACACCAGAAAGCCAACAGGAAAAGAAAGACAAAAUGAAAGCGCUCAGUGAACAAACUGACUUCAGCCCAGAUGAGGUAAAAACUCUGAACGUAGAGACAUAAACAAGGGAACAGAGCUGCAAUCCCUCCUGGAGGAGUGGCCUUUUUUAUUCCAAGAGAUUGGCAUGACAGUACACUUCCAAGAGCUCACUGGGGUAUCGCUGAAAGACACUUUCCUCACCAAUAUCGAAAAAAAGGGAAAACGGCUUCUGGACUUCAUGAGAACCGUUUGUGCAGAGAAGAGCAAAAGAAUUCUUCAGGCAGUCACAAAACUUGACAUUCUGAGAGGACAGUUGGAGGGCUGCUCGGAGGAUGUUAAAGACAUGGUUCUCCUUCUUCUUCCCUACUUUGAUGACAAAGAGGAGAACCUCUUUCACUAUGUUGACCAGACGUGUGUGGCAAAAGAUGUACCAGUGGAAAGAUUGCCUGUGAAUCCAUGUAUUGUUGUAUGUGGAACCUCUUGCUAUGCCUCAAGACACUUCAUGCUGAGUGUGGAUGGAAAGAUUGUGAAUGACCACAUCCCCAACUUCGUCUCUGCCAUCUGUCUCAUGUUUGGAGCAUACUAUUGCCUGAAUAUUCACUAUCCUGUUGAUCUGGGCUCAACACUUGAGUUUCUUCAGAGGUGUUUCUUCAUGAUCAACCUUGAGAGGGGCACAAAAGUUGAAACAAAGAAGAACAAGAAGUGGCUGUCGGUGAACCCAAGAGUCCUCACCCUCAUCGCAGAUCUCGCCGACCAGGACUGGAGAGGGACUUGGUAACUGAACUGUCAACCUCUUGCACAGUGCCAUCUAUGAAACUGUGUACACAAGGGCUGCAACUAAUCAUACUUUUCAUAAUCAAUUGAUCUGUGUGUUAUUUUCUUAAUUAAUUGGUUAUUGAUUGGUCCAUAAAAUGGCAGAAAUUGUGAAAAUGUGGACUGUUGUUUUCAAAGUUCCAGGGGACGUUCUCUAAUGUUUUAUGUUCAAUACUCAAAGAUAUUCACAUUUCCCUGUCAUAAGAGGACUAAAGACACUGAUACAGAAACUGACUUGAUUAGGAAUUUUCUAAGGCUCUCAUUGGUGACAGAGUUAAAGAUACAGCAGAUUUGAAUUUGAAUUUGAAUUUA